UGGUGUCUGCAGUAAAAUCCCAGUUGAGGUCACAGUCCAGGACAUCUCCAGUAAACAAUGGCCAGCCAGUCCCAGGGCAUCCAGCAGUUACUGCAGGCGGAGAAAAGAGCAAAGGACAAACUGGAAGAAGCCAAAAAGAGGAAAAAUAAACGCUUACGGCAAGCUAAAGAGGAAGCUACCGCAGAUAUCGAUCAGUAUAAGCUAAAGAGAGAGAGUGACUUUCGACGUAUCCAGAACUCUAUAAUGGGCUCACAAGGUAACUUGGCAGUGAAGAUAGACGAACAGACCAAUGAAAAGAUGCAGGCGUACAAUGGAAACUUCCAGAAAUUCAAGGAUAAAGUAUUAAAGGAACUUCUGGAACUGGCCUCUGAUGUUAAACCAGAACUCCAUAAAAAUUAUAAGUACAAGGUGUAACUACCAUUCUGUCUCUAAAAUCCAACCUCUAUUUACUAUGCAUUUGGGAGUACUAGAAAAGGGACAAUGCACCAAGACCACUGAAAACAUGAGGAUGACAACUGGACCAGAGAAGAUUUUGUAUUUUUUAUUUUUAAUCACUAGCUGGAAAUUGUUAUUAAAACUAUACCUAAAUAUCCAGUAUUGCGUUAUUUGCAUUGUUUAUUUCCCCUUGCUAACAAAUUGUACUGAAGUUUGAAAAUGAUUAUGCUGUAGGAAUCCGAUAAAUAAAUAACUAAGUGCCA